GGGCUGCAGCUGUCUGAGAGCAACAAUAACAAGCUGUACUCAACUACUUCACCGCGGCGUAACCAGAACCUGACAGCGACCGAAACCACCGACAACCCCACCAUGAAGCGGGUCCACUGAAUCCUGGAUCUGACCGUCCGUCCUACGGGUUCAGAACCGGGUCACCGCCAACCGUCUGAAAGCUCGACCGCAGGGGGAGCAGGGCAGUGCGGGGCUGCAUCUGGGUCAGUGGGCCUGUCGGUGUCUGUGACGACGCGAUCGAUACCCCCGCAGUGUCAUCCGGUUCUACACACUUCUGGACCCUUGUUCUGACCCGGCAACAUGCAGGCUAACGGGGCCGGACAGGAUCAGGAUCGGGACUCUGAGCUGUCCUGCAGAAACGGAGCUCAGAACGGAGAGUCCUCCUCCUCGGGCGACGCCGCCGCCGCCGGGGACGCUCACUCCAACGGGCUGCUGUCCGUCACCAACAACAACAACAACAACGGAGUCCCGGUUCAGCCCGGGUCAAACAACAGCGGAAACCCGGCGGAGGCCAGCCCGGGCCUGAAGAAGAAGAAGCGGCUGUCCCAGUCCGAGGAGGACGUGAUCCGGCUCAUAGGACAACAUCUACACGACCUGGGGCUAAAUCAGACCGUGGACCUCCUGAUGCAGGAGUCCGGCUGCAGGCUGGAGCAUCCGUCUGCCACCAAGUUUCGUAACCACGUCAUGGAGGGCGAGUGGGACAAGGCUGAGAGCGACCUGAACGAGCUGAAGGCGUUGAUGCAUUCUCCGAGCGCCAUCGUGCGGAUGAAGUUCCUGCUCCUGCAGCAGAAGUAUCUGGAGUACCUGGAGGACGGGAAGGUUCUGGAGGCGCUGCAGGUCCUCCGAGCAGAACUCACUCCUCUGAAGUACAACACGGAGCGGAUCCACAUCCUGAGCGGGUACUUGAUGUGUAGUCAUGCAGAGGACCUGAGAGUUAAAGCGGAGUGGGAGGGAAAAGGCACGACGUCCCGGACGAAGCUGCUGGACCGACUCCAGACGUACCUGCCUCCGUCCGUCAUGCUGCCCCCUCGCCGCCUGCAGACUCUGCUGAAGCAGGCGGUGGAGCUGCAGAGGGACCGCUGCCUCUACCACAACACCAAGCUGGACGGGGGUCUGGACUCUGUGUCCCUGCUGCUGGACCACGCCUGCAGCCGGAAACAGUUCCCGUGUUACACCCAGCAGAUCCUCACUGAACACUGUAACGAGGUCUGGUUCUGCAAGUUCUCCAACGACGGCACCAAACUGGCCACCGGCUCCAAAGAUACCACGGUGAUCGUGUGGCAAGUCGACCCGGAGACCCAGCAGCUGAAGCUGAUGAAGACUCUGGAGGGUCACGCGUACGGGGUUUCCUACCUGGCGUGGAGUCCUGAUGACAUGUACCUGAUCGCCUGCGGACCUGAUGACUGCUCAGAGCUGUGGCUGUGGAACGUUCAGGUACGACAUCUCUCACUUCCUCAUUCUCUUAAAGGGAUACUUCACCAGCUGAAACAUGAACCUGUACUGACAUUGGGUCAUAUAU